AUGGCUUCUUCGAGCAAGAAGAGGUCUAAGUCCGCGGUUCCAUCGUUGACUGGCCUCGCGUUCAAAAAGAUCUGUAAACAGCUGGAGGCUUUCGUUGUCGGAAAAAAGGCAUCUGCAACCUUUGUCUGUGGAGGUCUUGUCCCCAUUGGUACAAAUGUCGCAGCUAAUUCUAAGUCCUCCAAACCCAUCUCUGCGUCUCCGCCAGUGAGAAUCUGCUGGCGUACAGAUGGUGACGAUAUCGCGCGAGAGUUGGCUCUACCUCUUGAUGCGAACGCCAACCCCCAAUCUGCAUCCGAUGAUUUGCGCCAGUUGGUGGCAGUUUGCGAUCCUGCUAGCUUUGGCAGAGGACAGCAAGAUAUUAUCGAUCCUGAAUAUCGAAAGGCUGGAAAGCUUGACCCUGAACAUUUCUUCACCAGCUUCCAUCCAGCGGAAUUCGGAAUUCUUCCCAAUGUGGAGCAAGUUCUCCUUCCGAACUUCAACACAGAGGCGCAGGACUCUCUGCCCUUCCGGAAAUUGAGUGCCGAGUUAUACAAGCUGAAUGUUUACUCGGGACCAUCUGGGCUUUUCCGGCAGCAUGUGGACACACCGCGAUCCAAGACCCAAAUCGGCUCGCUGGUCGUUUGUUUACCCUCUCAGUUCAAAGGGGGCGACUUGGUCGUUAAUCACGAGGGAAGACAGGUUGUGUUUGACUGGGAUCAGCAGAGUGCGUCUGCCAUUCAGUGGGCAGCAUUCUAUAGUGACUGCGAGCACGAGAUCAAAACAAUCACGGAAGGCGAGCGGAUCACCUUGACGUACAACCUCUACAUAACCGAGCCAGUGGGAGGAUCGAUUCCACCAAGCAUGAUUGUUGAUCCCAAGAGCUUUCCGCUGUAUGGUUACUUGCAAGAGCUUAUCAUGGAGCCCGGCUUUAUGCAAAAGGGUGGCGCUCUCGGGUUCUAUUGCUCUCACGCUUAUCCUCAUGCAUCCGAUGAGGCUCCAAUGCUACUUCCGAGGGCACUCAAGGGUGCUGACCUUGUGUUGUACUCCGUUUUCAAAUCCCUCGGAAUCAAAAUUGAGGUUGUUCCAGUGAUUCAAGAAGACGACUUUAGGAAGGGGGAUUAUGACAUGGAUGAGGAGUAUGAAUCCCUGGAGUAUGACUCCAACCCUAAGGACUCCAAGGGAAAAAAGGAGGAUGACGUGAAUGACAAACUGCUCGUUGGAGACAAGCUACAUCCAUACAUUACCACCGACAUGACUGAAGAGUUUGGUGAAACACUCAAUCUCAAUAACAACAGGUGGAAGUGCAAACACAGGCGAGGAGUCAUAUGGAUCGGCUCUCCGGCACACGGACAGUCGGCCCUAAGCUAUCUGGCUUACGGAAACGAGGCUUCUAUCAGCACAAUCUACUCGUAUGCAGCGAUGAUAGCCAAAAUCCCACCAUUCCUAAAGCGAAAGGGUCUUGUUGAUGCGUGA